CCGCCGCCGCCGCCGUCCCCCCCUCCCCUCCCCGCGGCGCCGCAUCUUGAAUGGAAACAUGGCGGUGCCGGCUCGGACCUGCGGCGCUUCUUGGCCCGGCCCGGUGCGGACCGCGCGCCCCUGGCCCGGCCGCGGCCCCCGGCCCUGCCCUGACCCCCGGGGCCCAGCGUCCGGGCCCGCGCGCCCGCUCUCGCUGUUGCUGCCGCCGCUGCUGCUGCUCGUACCGCUGCUCGCCGCCCCCGGCGCCUCUGCCUACAGCUUCCCCCAGCAGCACACGAUGCAGCACUGGGCCCGGCGCCUGGAGCAGGAGAUCGAUGGCGUGAUGCGGAUUUUUGGAGGCGUGCAGCAGCUCCGAGAGAUCUACAAGGACAAUCGGAACCUGUUUGAAAUACAGGAGAACGAACCACAGAAACUGGUGGAGAAGGUGGCAGGGGACAUUGAGAGCCUGCUGGACAGGAAGGUGCAGGCCCUGAAGAGACUGGCUGAUGCGGCAGAGAAUUUCCAGAAAGCCCACCGUUGGCAGGACAACAUCAAGGAGGAAGACAUCAUGUACUAUGAUGCCAAGGCUGAUGCUGAGUUGGAUGACCCUGAGAGUGAAGAUGUGGAGAGGGGAUCCAAGACCAGUGCCUUAAGGCUGGACUUCGUCCAGGAUCCAAACUUCAAGAACAAAGUCAACUAUUCAUACACGGCUGUACAGAUCCCCACGGACAUCUACAAAGGCUCUACUGUCAUCCUCAAUGAGCUUAACUGGACGGAGGCCCUGGAGAACGUCUUCAUCCAGAACCGUAGGCAAGACCCUACGCUGCUGUGGCAAGUCUUCGGCAGUGCCACAGGAGUCACCCGCUAUUACCCAGCCACGCCAUGGCGAGCCCCCAAGAAGAUUGACCUGUACGAUGUCAGAAGACGACCCUGGUAUAUUCAGGGGGCCUCGUCGCCCAAGGACAUGGUCAUCAUUGUGGAUGUGAGUGGCAGCGUGAGCGGCCUGACCCUGAAGCUGAUGAAGACGUCCGUCUGUGAGAUGCUUGACACGCUCUCUGAUGACGACUACGUGAACGUGGCCUCCUUCAACGAGAAGGCGCAGCCUGUGUCUUGCUUCACACACCUCGUGCAGGCCAACGUGCGGAACAAGAAGGUGUUCAAGGAAGCUGUGCAGGGCAUGGUGGCUAAGGGCACCACGGGCUACAAGGCCGGCUUUGAGUAUGCCUUUGACCAGCUGCAGAACUCCAACAUCACUCGGGCUAACUGCAAUAAGAUGAUCAUGAUGUUCACGGAUGGGGGUGAGGAUCGCGUGCAGGAUGUCUUUGAGAAGUACAAUUGGCCCAAUCGGACGGUACGCGUGUUCACGUUCUCUGUGGGGCAGCAUAACUAUGAUGUCACACCCCUGCAGUGGAUGGCGUGCACCAACAAAGGUUACUAUUUUGAGAUCCCUUCCAUCGGAGCCAUCCGCAUCAAUACACAGGAAUACCUGGAUGUGUUGGGCAGGCCUAUGGUACUGGCAGGCAAGGAAGCCAAGCAAGUGCAGUGGACAAACGUAUAUGAGGAUGCGCUGGGGCUGGGGUUGGUGGUCACAGGAACUCUCCCUGUCUUCAACCUGACACAGGAUGGCCCUGGGGAAAAGAAGAACCAGCUGAUCCUGGGUGUGAUGGGCAUCGAUGUAGCCCUGAAUGACAUCAAAAGGCUGACUCCCAACUACACACUUGGCGCCAAUGGCUAUGUGUUCGCCAUCGACCUGAACGGCUAUGUGUUGCUACAUCCCAAUCUCAAGCCCCAGACUACCAACUUCCGGGAGCCUGUGACCCUGGACUUUCUGGAUGCAGAGCUAGAAGAUGAAAACAAGGAGGAGAUCCGUCGCAGCAUGAUUGAUGGCAACAAGGGCCACAAGCAGAUCAGAACAUUGGUCAAGUCCCUGGAUGAGAGGUACAUAGAUGAGGUGAUUCGGAACUACACCUGGGUGCCUAUAAGGAGCACCAACUACAGCCUGGGGCUGGUGCUCCCACCCUACAGCACCUUCUACCUCCAAGCGAACCUCAGCGACCAGAUACUGCAGGUCAAGUUGCCAAUCAGCAAACUGAAGGAUUUUGAGUUCCUGCUCCCCAGCAGCUUUGAGUCUGAAGGACAUGUUUUCAUUGCUCCCAGAGAGUAUUGCAAGGACCUGAAUGCCUCAGACAACAACACUGAGUUCCUGAAAAACUUCAUUGAGCUCAUGGAGAAGGUGACCCCAGACUCCAAGCAGUGCAAUAACUUCCUUCUGCAUAACCUGAUCUUGGACACAGGCAUUACCCAGCAGCUAGUGGAACGUGUGUGGCGGGACCAAGAUCUCAACACGUAUAGCCUGCUAGCCGUGUUCGCUGCCACUGAUGGUGGUAUCACACGCGUCUUCCCCAACAAGGCAGCCGAAGACUGGACAGAGAAUCCUGAACCCUUCAAUGCCAGCUUCUAUCGCCGCAGCCUGGAUAACCAUGGCUAUAUCUUCAAGCCCCCACACCAGGACUCCCUGUUAAGACCACUGGAGCUGGAGAAUGACACAGUGGGCGUCCUCGUCAGCACGGCUGUGGAGCUCAGUCUAGGUCGUCGAACCCUGAGGCCUGCAGUGGUGGGGGUCAAACUGGACCUAGAGGCUUGGGCCGAAAAGUUCAAGGUGCUUGCCAGCAACCGUACCCAUCAGGACCAACCUCAGAAGCAGUGCGGCCCCAGCAGCCACUGUGAGAUGGACUGCGAGGUUAACAACGAGGACCUGCUCUGUGUCCUCAUUGAUGACGGAGGGUUCCUGGUGCUGUCGAACCAGAACCAUCAGUGGGACCAGGUCGGCAGAUUCUUCAGUGAGGUGGAUGCCAACCUGAUGCUGGCACUGUACAAUAACUCCUUCUACACCCGAAAGGAGUCGUAUGACUAUCAGUCAGCCUGUGCCCCUCAGCCUCCUGGCAACCUGGGCGCUGCACCCCGGGGUGUCUUUGUGCCCACCAUUGCAGACUUCCUUAACUUGGCCUGGUGGACCUCUGCGGCUGCCUGGUCCUUAUUCCAGCAGCUACUCUACGGCCUCAUCUACCACAGCUGGUUCCAGGCAGACCCGGCAGAAGCCGAGGGCAGCCCUGAGACGCGCGAGAGCAGCUGCGUAGUGAAACAGACCCAGUACUACUUCGGCUCGGUGAACGCGUCCUAUAACACCAUCAUCGACUGCGGAAACUGCAGCAGGCUGUUCCACGCGCAGAGACUGACGAACACCAACCUUCUGUUCGUGGUGGCCGAGAAGCCGCUGUGCAGCCAGUGCGAGGCGGGCCGGCUGCUGCAGAAGGAGACGCACUGCCCAGCGGACGGCCCGGAGCAGUGUGAGCUGGUACAAAGACCUCGAUACCGGAGAGGCCCGCACAUCUGUUUCGACUACAACGCGACGGAAGAUACCUCAGACUGUGGCCGCGGAGCCUCUUUCCCUCCGUCGCUGGGCGUCUUGGUCUCCCUGCAGCUGCUGCUCCUCCUGGGCCUGCCGCCUCGGCCGCAGCCUCAAGUCCACUCCUUCGCUGCCUCUCGCCGCCUCUGAGCGACUCACACACACACAUCACACCCCCGCCUUGGCCUCCUAGCCUUUUCGCUCACCCUCCCAUCCCACAUCUCCCAAUCUAGCGCCUUGGCCACUUCCUCACUGAAGGACAUGGGCCCCUUCCCCCCCAGAGCCUGUGCCUUGGGGCAGGGGAGCCCCAAAGUAGAGUGUUUGGCACUCAAGAUUUAUCUCACCCCGAACUGUCCAAGUGCCCGCAGACCCUGGACUCAUCCGCUGGGACAGGAGGCCCCAAGUACUGGUGCCAAACCAGGCCUCCACCGACCAACCUGCCUGGAGACUUCCUCAGUAAGGCAACCCUGCCUCUGCUGGGUGCCUCUAACCUGACCCUCUUGGCCCCACCCAAGCCCAAAUUUACCUUCUCUGGGGGAAAAAAAAAAAAAAAAAAAAGAAGGUGAGAUGGUAGUGGUGAGAGAUUCUGGGGCAGCCCCCCACAGGCUUCUGGCCCUUUCAGGCCUACAACCACAAAUCCACACCCCAGCCUCGAAGCAGGUGUCAGGGCAGUUCCACCAUGGCAUCGGUUUAGACACACCCGACACACCUGGACCCCUGAGAGCAGACACUAGACUCUCACUAGAUAUACCCCAAAGGGAACACACUAGCAGACACAGACACACACCAUAGGGGGGUGGCCCACGAAGCCUUACACAGGGCAAGAGGUCAGUGAGAGCGUUGGCCUGUGCACUCCAUCUCUGCCCACCUCUGCCUGUACUCUGAGAUGCAGCCUGGCUUGUCCCCCCAUCUCUAAAGCUGAAUGUCAAACAGUGCCAAAAUGCUGGGGGAAGGCCUCUCUGUCUCACCUCUGGCCGCCGUGCCCCCCAAGUGCCCCCCACCCUGCCAGGUGCUCAUUGUAACCAGUCCUCACUAGUGUCAGGCCCCUAGCAGGACCACACCACUGCCUAAACCCCUCUGGCAGACAUUGCUCUUCGCCUUAGCAAGGGUGACUUGGUCUCUCCUGGCUGGGCCAUUCCCCCACCCCCCCAAUCUGGUUCCUACACACUCAGGCCCAGCUCCCUCUGUUCUUUACACACACACACACACACACACACACACACACACACACAUACACUCACACACGCUGCCCCCCAGGAGGCCGAAUUACCCCUCUUGCUAAAUACACACAGUUGCACCAUGCACUCAUACAAACACACCGCACACACAGAGGCUGGGCCUGGACACAUCUCUUCACACCAUUCAUUCCUGUCAUUUCUCCCAAAGGCAUCCUAACCUGGGGGCCAGUCGGGGACCGAGGGCAGGGGUGUGUAGCCACGAGGCUCAGAAGGACCGGGAGGAGGGGGAGGGUGAUGCAUUAAUUAAUGGCUUCAUUAAUUAAUGUCACGUUGCUUGUUGCUUUUUCAGUGUGUGUGUGUAUGUGUAUGUGUGUGUAUGUGGUCCAUGCCCAAUGCUGGUGACAGGGUGGGUGUCCGUGACGUGUGCCCAGCCUCGAUGUCAGCUGAGUCCUGUGGGGGUGCGUGUGUAAACUGUAGUGUAGUCAGGUGCUUAAUGGAGAAUAUAAACAAACAAACAAAAAAGAAACAAACGUAUACAGAAAAAUAAAUAUAUAUUUUAAGUUUAAAAACAAACAAACAAACAAAAAGACCAGACAAAACAAUCCCCAUCAGGUAGUUGUCCAACCCCCAGCUGGGCUCGAUCCUCUCAUCACCCACCUGACCUGGCUGUCCCCUCACCUUGGGCUGGGGGACUUGGGGGCCAUUUCCUUUUCUUUGCCCUUUUUUUUUUUUUUUCUUUCUUUCGGUUGUUAUUCUAUUUUGUACAGACAAGUUGGGAAAACAACAGCGACAAAAAAAAAGUCAAGAAACUUUGUAAAAUAUUGUGUGUGUGAUUCCUUGUAAAAUAUUUUCAAAUGGUUUAUUACAGAAGAUCAGUUAUUAAAUAAUGUUCAUAUUU